GUCAGGAUCAGGCUGUGGCUGUCACCAACUCCAAACACACCUGCCCUUGUUCUCCAAACACGCAAAUCCUCCCCAGUUCUGACCACUCUGAAAACAACCCCUUUCCCACCAUCUCCCGUUGCAUCAAAAACAUUCUGGUCAAUCAAGGAAACAGAUAACAAAAAGCAAAAUCUCAACUAAUCUUCAUAGCUGAAGAAAGAGCUGAUUGUUUUGCCUCCCUCCAAGCCCGCCCUGCACCCUGCCCUUCCCCAGUCCUCCUCACAUCUUCCCUUUAUUGCCAGGGAAAGAAAAUCCUGGUCUUUGGGCUGUUUUGUUUAGCAAAUGAGGGACAUGCAAAGCAAUAACCUGGGGCAUUUGUCAGAAGGAGAGAGGUGCCUCUGUGUCUUCCAGACACCCUUUAGGCACUGAGAACAGCAGCCCAGAAAUACUAUGAUCAAGGGUGGAUUGAAGUGUGGGCACAUGAUGCAUCUUCCUAAUGAAGGCAGAGCCACAGGACACCUGCAGGAAGCAGAGCUAUCAUGCCAUUACACUGGAACUUAUAUUCAGGUUGUAUUAACCUCCACAGAGUGGAUUCCUAAGGAAGGAAAACCCUGAAGUUUUCACAUUAUGUUGGCAAUGGUUAGGGAAGGCCUAAAAAGAACUGACAGAAAGGACAGGGAAGAAUUAGGCUUCAUUUAGGUACAGGUUGCAUUUGGGAGGGGGAAGGGGAGAAGUAAACUAAAACUUGCUGAGUCUAGUUGCUUCCUGCCCAGACAUCAGAGAAAGCCUUCAGUGUAAAAAGUGAUAAGAGCAGAGUCCCUUGUCCUCACAGCAGGUCAUUCCCACAGGGCCACAGUGUAGGAGAUGGGGACACACAAGCAGGUUAGUUCCAGCCCAUCAGCAUGGCACACAAGGGGAAAACUGAAAGCAUUAUACUAUCUCCCAGAAAGAGCUGCACACACACAUUUGCUUGUGUAGGGAAAACAUUCCUGCUCACAAAGCAGAGAAUUUUUCCCACUUCUCCCCUGGAAUAGCACAUCCACACAGAAGAGACAACCUGGAACAGCCACACCAAACUUAUUGAAGGAUAAUAAAUCUAUCAGUUGCAUCUCAGCUGAAUGAGAGCCAAGAAAACACAUAUCCCUGCAGAGCUCUGACAAACCAUCUCACAACUAACAGUCACCACAGACACACUGAUGUUAAGGCUGCAACCCUGAACUGAGACUUGAGAUCUACCACAUGCUUCCUGCAUGACCUAGGGCAAGACAUGAGCUCUGAAUUUCUGAAGUUGUUCAGCUCACUAUGAGGCUCACAGAAAGCUUCACCCAUCUGUGAGAAGAGGAUAAUAAUUGCCCCUCUCCCCUUCAUUUCACUUGUUUAUUUCAACAGUAAGAUAGUCAGGAAUGGGCCUGCCCCUCCUUAUCUUCUACAUACAGCACCUCUACAAUGAAGCCUUGAUCUCAGUUUAGAACGCCCAAGUGCCAUAACAAGUGAUAGAAACUUAAUUCAGCAAAGCAACCUAGUUCUGUAACUGGCUUAGAAAGAAAUCCUCCAAGCACAGCAAGACCCCUACAUUAAAACCACUAAACUGCCAAUUGAGAGGAGAAACAGGGCAAGCAGAAACACUGAAGAUAAAUCAGACAUGAGCAGCAUUUUCACCAGUGAAUAACAUUCCAGAGAGACAGAACUGGAUACAGAUGCUACAAACACCUCACUUGAUAUCUUCAUUUUAACGGUGUUACUUCAAUACAAGCAUUUUUCAAUCUGGUCCUUGGGCUGAUUUUGACCUGUUGGGCCCAGGGUGAUCUUGUUCACCAUACCAGAUGGACUGACAGGCAGACAGCAAAGAGUCCCUAAGAAUGGGGAAAUCUGAGGCUGGGGAGGAGCUGAGUGUGCACUGGGCUCAGCUUUGCUCUGAUAAGUUUAUCAAGCACUGCCGGCUGCUAACUGUCAGCCGGCAAAGUGGGCCUGUUAGGGAGGAGGAACAGCUCCCAGGGCAAGAUAGGACAGCCCAUGCCUUAUCGGAGUGCCUGAGCCAAAGAGGGAACUGGAGAGUGAGCACUUUCCAACCACUUCAUCUGAACAACAGACAGAUUGGCAGGAAAGGCCUGUCAGCCCUUUGCUUCUGCCACCCAGGCAUCAACAGGGAGCCCCCAUCCACACAAAUAACCUUGCUCUGUCUCUGAAGAUCUGGGUUGCAGACGUGGAGAGUUUAGCAGAAAGCAUUACGGAUCUGUGGAGCUUCUCAUAUCUAGCGAUGCUGAUGGAGCCAUUCAAAGAGCUGGACGGUUCCGUGUGGAAAAUGGCUCCUCUGGUGAGAAUACAGACUACACUCCUGGCACAUGGCACAGAACGGAUGUGCAUUUGGAAAACCCAGAGUAUCAUACAAGAUGGUAUUUCAAAUAUUUUUUAGGGAAAGGUAAUUAUUUUUUCGUGAAUGGAUUUAAGUUUUGAUCAAUGAAAACGCAAUGUAGCUUUUAAUUGCUAUUACUUAAAUAUGGGGAAAAAAGUAUAUUAUUAAAUUGGUAUCCAUUUUCCAUGCUGUACAGAAAACAAUUUCUUGUUUCACAUAUUUUUAACAUCAAGAUAGAGGGUUUCUGGAAAUGGCAGAAUCCCUGUUACCAAAAAGGGAUGUUUUGAAACUGUUGGCCUUUAAAGUGGUACAUAUCUCUUAGGGUUUUUAUACAUCUCUAUAUAAAUACAUAGUUACUUAGGUAGAUGAGUAUAUAUUUUUACAUCUGAAUACAUAUAUUUACACAUCUGUACACAUGUCUGUGUGUGCAAACGGGUGUGUGUGUCUUCUUUAUGGUUGAUAAUGCUUCUUGGUUUUCCCUAACAGUUCAUCAAAAUUACGUAGGUACAGAUGCAGAGAAGAACCCUUUCUUUCUGUCUGUUGUACUGUCUGACCAAAAUAAUCAGCGUGUUCCUCAAUACCAUGCAAUACUUUGGAGAAAAACUGGUACUCAGAAAAUAUGUCUCCCUUAUAGUCCCACAAAAACAUUAUCAGUGAAAUCUAUAUUAAGUGCUAUGAGUCUUGACAAAUUUGAGAGGAGCCCAAGGGAAAUCUUUCAUCCUGAGAUACAAAAGGACUUACUGGUUCUUGAAGAGCAAGAGGGAUCUGUAAAUUUUAAAUUUGGAAUCCUUUAUGCUAAGGAUGGGCAGCUUACAGAUGAUGAAAUGUUCAGCAACGAAAUGGGAAGUGAAAGCUUUCAAAGAUUUUUGCAUCUCUUGGGUGACACAGUUACUUUGAAAGGCUGGACAGGCUACAGAGGAGGACUGGACACUAAAAAUGAUACAACAGGAAUCUUUUCCAUCUAUACGGUUUUUCAAGGACAUGAAAUCAUGUUCCAUGUUUCAACCAUGCUACCAUAUUCUAGAGAGAACAAACAGCAGGUAGAAAGGAAGCGACACAUUGGGAAUGACAUUGUCACUAUCGUCUUUCAGGAAGGCGAAGAGUCUUCUCCAGCAUUCAAGCCAUCCAUGAUUCGCUCUCAUUUUACACAUAUUUUUGCCUUAGUGAGAUACAAUAAGCAGAAUGAUAGUUACAGGCUGAAAAUAUUUUCAGAAGAAAGUGUUCCUCUUUUUGGGCCUCCCCUUCCAUCCCCACCUGUGUUUACAAAUCACCAGGAAUUCAGGGAUUUUUUGUUAGUGAAAUUAAUAAAUGGGGAAAAAGCCACCUUGGAAACCCCAACAUUUUCUCAGAAACGUCAGCGCACUCUGGACAUGCUGAUCCGCUCUUUAUAUCAAGACCUGAUGCCUGAUCUACACAAGGUAAAUAACAUGCUCAACAGAAGAUCCUUCAGUGAUGUGUUACCAGAGUCACCAAAAUCAACACGGAAGAAAGAGGAAGCCCGGCAAGCAGAGUUUGUCCGACUUGGUCAGGCACUGAAAUUGAAAACCGCUGUGAAAGGGGAUGCGACAGCUAACUUGGCAACCACAAGCUUUUGUAAAAAGGAGCCUUGGGAAUCUCAGUCUUUCUGCAGUAAUUUUCCUCAUGAGGUUGUCUGUGCAGAUUCUUGGGGCCAGUCCUUGCUGGUUUCUACAGAUGCUGGCAUCUUGUUAAUAGAUGACGGUCAGCCAUCAGUGCAAGUAUUUGAUAAAACUCUCCAAGUAAAGCAGAUGCAUGUGCUGGAAACUCUGGAUCUUUUGGUUGCUCGAACAGACAAAGGCAAAGACUCUCGUCUCCUUGUCUUCAGACUCAGUGCUGUCCAAAAGGAUAUAGAAACAAAGCAAAUCAUAAGAAGCAAAUAUGACUGCAGAGAAAAUAAACUGGAGAGAACAAAAGGCUGCCAUUUGUAUGCCAUUAAUACUCACCAUGGGAGUGAACUGAGGAUUGUCGUGGCUAUUCGGAGCAAACUACUUCUCGUCACAAAGAAAUACAAUCCAUGCAACAGUUUAACUAGCAGCUCUCUGCUGUUCUCAUCUGAAUCUCCAGUAGAGGAGUUCCAGUACAUCCGGGAAAUAUGCCUUUCUGACCCUCCAGUGGUUAUGACGCUGGUGGAUGGACCUACUGGAGACAGUGACAAUAUGAUCUGUGUAGCGUAUCGGCAUCAGUUUGACUUAGUUAAUGAGAGCACUGGGGAGUCCUAUAGACUGCAUCACGUUGAAACAAACAAGGUUAAUUUUGUUGCAGCUAUUGAUGUAUAUGAAGAUGGUGAAGCUGGUUUACUGUUGUGUUACAACUAUGUUUGCCAGUACAGAAAGGUACAUCCUUUCAAUGGAGGUUCUCCACUGAUCCAGCCAUCAGCUUAUGACUUCCAUUUCAGCUGGAAUCAAGUUCCUUAUGCUGUUGUCUGUGCUUUCCCUUAUAUCCUUGCCUUCACUACUGAUUCCAUUGAGAUCCGAUUAGUGGUGAAUGGGAACUUAGUCCACACAGCAGUUGUGCCUGAGCUUCAACUUGUAGCAUCAAAGUCAGAUAUUUAUUUUAAAGCUACUGCUGCAGUAAGUGGAUCGUGUGACAGCAGUGCUAAGGAAAUGAGUUCAAGGAGCUCUCCUCAAACACCGACAGCUUAUGAAAUGCCAGAAAGUCCUCUUUCUUCUCUAGAAGGUGAAGUUCCAAGCAAAAAGCUGUACAAAAUUCCUCUCAGUAACCUGGUCGGGCGAAGCAUUGAAAGACCUCUGAAGUCACCUUUGGCUCCCAAGGUCAUCACUACUACAACCCCCAGUGGCACUCCCUCUAUGCCAGUUACUCACUCCCUAUCCUUAUCUCGUAUGGAAAUCAAAGAAAUUGCAAGCAGAACACGUAAAGAAUUGCUGGGCCUCUUGGAUGAGCCUAUACCCAAGACAGAAACUGCACAGAAGCAAAAAAAGGCUCCUCGAAGACAGUCAGACCCCAAGCAGGGAGCAGUAAGAUCCACCAGUAGUGACAGGAUAAUCUCAAGCUCUUUUGAAAGCUGUUCUGAAGGACGUCAUCCUUCCACUAGUUCGGAUCCAGAUACCUUGGCCAACAGGGAGGAGAGCUCACCAUCUAGCUGUCCCUUUCAGCCCAUUUCUUUAUAUGAUGAAGACAUCAUUGACUUGAAGUGAAGACAGUCUUAAAAGCUUUCCUCCUUACUUCACAUUUUCUUACAACUCUGUGAGCUCUGUGGGAAUGUCACAAACACUGCUUCUAGUGGUGAAAUGUGGCUGGAAGUAUUGAUGAUUCAUCUUUAUAGAACCCAUGUUGUUCUGGAUAGUUCAGCCUGACUUGGUGAUGCUUAUAUCUUUGACAUAGGUAUGUUUUGUCUUCUCAGUUAAUGAACCAUUACUUUUUGUGGAAUUCUAACAGUAGGUAAUUAAUGAGAGAUUUAGGCUGAAAAUGAAUAAAAAGUAUUACUUGUUCUGAGCUUCUUGUAAUUUGAAGUACCUGAGUGACAAGAGCUAAGUUAAUACUGUUAUUACUAUCUUCAGUUGUUUUACAACAGUGUGUGUCAUAAGGGAAGAGGAAUUUUACGACAUAAAUCACUCCUUUUGGUUUUCAAGCCUUUAAAAAACCAAACCAACCAAACCAAAGGCUUGCAGGCAAGGUCUUUCCAACCAGUCAGUCUGUCCUCCAAAUGAUGGAGCUGUGGUAUGUUCAGUGAAGAAUCAAGGAUGUUCUAUAAAGAUCAGGUAAGAUAAGAAGAUGCUGCUUCCUUUGCUCUGGCCUGUCCAUGCAUAUUUUUUAGAGAAACUUGAAAACUGUUUUGGUGUCAAGAGUCCUUGAACUGAGACUUUUUAUAGAAAACACAAACUCUCAAAAUAUUCUUUUAAGAAUUGGAAGUGAAAAAACCCCAAAACAACAAAAAAAAUACCCAACACCAAGCAAAAAACCCAAACCAAGUGCAUUUCUCCAUUUCCUGGAACACUGCAUUAGCUGUUGUCUGCUCUUGCACCAACAGCGUAAGUCAUUAUUCCAGGUAACUGCAUUUUUCUAACUGGAUCCAGAUGGAAAUUGCACUGCUAAGCAGCUAGUUUUCUAUGAUGAAACAGUCAUCUUAAAGAUUUUGUUACAUUAAAGGACAGGGUUUCAUUUUUAAAGCUUAUUAUUUUUCAGCCCUUUAUGCCAACAAUCUUAUUUUAAACCGUAUUUUGAAAGGGUUUGGGUUUGUUUCGGGGGGGUUUGUUUUUCCAUGAAAGAGUGAUGCUUCCAGGCUUUUAGUAUAUAUAGAAAGAUUUUACCUUUACUAGCAGGUAUUUCUUGUUCUAUAUGUAGAAAUACUUCUGUAUCCUUGACUUUAAUUUAUAAUACCAUUCCUGUGUCAUUUCACUUUCUUUCCAAGCAUGACCAUCUGGAGAUGUGUGCCUUUUGCUUCAGUCUGUCUGAAUGUAAAACUGUCUUUGCAAAGUAUUUUUUUGCCCAGAUUAUUGUGUAUAAUGGUUUAAUUGCUCCACCUAAGAAUAUACACAAUGCCUUAUCUGAAAGGGUCAUUUCUUACUCUCGGCUGGAGUGGCUGAUAAGGAAAGAAGCAAUAUUUUAAGCAGUAACUAAUCUAGAAGCAGAAACAGUAUUAACCAGUGGCUACUAUGAUUUUAGUGUUCUUGCACCCGUAGAUGUAUGGGGUGAACCUUAAUAAGCAUCUAAAAGGAAGUGCUAGCUCCAAGUCUUUACAAGAGCUUAUAACUUUGUGUGAGAAUGUUAUUGCCAGAGACCGUGCCUCAUCAGACGCCCAGGAGUUCUGUGCCUCUUGAUGUGAUGAACUGGCAUCCUCAGAACUAGCUUCUAACCACUGUUUCGCUCAAAACAUACUGUCUUAAAUACAUACCAUUGACUGCUAAUUCCAAUUAAAAAUGCCAGUGGGUAGUAUUGAUACAUAAGCUCUUGUGCACCAUUUAUAAAGGGCAAGGUUUUUAUGCAUCUAUGCAACCUCUCCUGCUUCGGACUGGUGUUAGAUGACAAGGCUUUCUGGAAGGCUGCUGGUGUGCACAGCUAUUGUUGUUGUUCACUCCAGCCUUAGAGCCAUGUUGCUUCCCUUCUGCUUUUCCAGCAUGUGCAUGCAUCUGCUCAUUAGAACUUAGGAAACAGUGUAGAUGGCACAAAUUGUAGCCAUGUCGACCCUAAACACAACCCUUCCUGCUUUCAUCUGUUAAAGCUGCCUUUAGCCUGCAUUCUCGAUGCUGGCUGACCAGCUCAUGGAUGGGAGGGCAGAUAACCUUUAAUUUACAGCUGUGUAAGAUGGGUGUUGUUCUAAUAGAGAGGAAUACUGAAAAAUCUUGCUACAGAUGGAUGGAAGAAAUCCUUUCCAUAAAGGAAGAACUGUUACCAAGUUGGACACUUGGUGUCAGGCUCAUCUGAAGGCCUAUUCUGGGCUCUUACAACAGAUAAGUUUCUGCAAGAAAUGUUUACUAUCCCAACAUGCUGGAUUUGUUGGAGGAGGCAGGGCUCUUAACCUCUUCUGGCUAAUGGGAUUGUCACCACUUCAGCACUGUGCCUUAGUCUGACUAAACAAUAGGAAUGUCAUUUGCUUUGGUGCAAGCAUUACAGGCAGUUUAUAGAGUGUACUCGUGCCUCCUUACCAGCAUGAGUAGUGACUCAUGGAAUCACAGAACAGUUGAGGUUAGAAGAGAUCCCUGCAAAUCAUCUAGUCCAGAACCCACACCUGUGCCCCUAGGCUGAAUGGAUGAAUGGGUACCUUCAGUUUCCCAGUUUGCAAGGAACAAGUAGAGCCUGUUUGGAUUAGGGAUCUGCCCUGCUUUGGGGCUGGGGUUGCUGUUUUCAGUUGGUUUCUUGGGCUGUUGGGGGAUGGCUUUGUUUGAUGUUUGGGUUUUACUAGGCCAGUCAACUGAAUCAAUACUUAAACAGUUCUUAAUAGAGCAGGACAGUAGCACCCAUGGGAAGUGUAACACUGCUUACAUAACCAGUUGCACAGGGUCCAGGGUGCUGCUCCUGCCAUUUACUUUCUGUUGGUCUGUGUCUCUCUGACCAAGCCACGGAUACAAACUCCUGCAUGUUUUCCUAAAGGUGUGGGUCUCUAAUUUGAGCAGCAGCUUUCCCAGAGCUGUUGGCUUAGUCUGCAUUUGAGAUACAGUAAAAACCAAAUCCAAAGGAUUAUAUAUAUAUACUUGUGUGUAUAUUUGUAAUUUUUACCACAAGUUUUAAGGGAUUAAAAGUCCUAAGCAUAUAUGGGAAUAUCGAGUAAUGUGAUCUUAUCACAUCUGCAAGUGAUAAGGUAUUUGAGAAUAAUUUUUGUUGCCUUCUCUGUAUGAAAAUGAGUACCACACUACUGUCAUUAUUACCAGUUUGAUGGCAUGGCUCAUACACACAAUGCUUGCUAAUUCGGUCAAAGCAGUGUUAUCUCAGAUAGGCUUAGCCUGAUUUUGUGGGGGGGAAUAAACUGUACUAACAGUACAGGAAAGCCCAUGUGACAGAAUGCAGCAAACAUCUGUACUUGCAUGCGGGUUAGAAAGUAUUUGUACUAGUUGAGCACAGCAGCUUCACCAGCCUGUACACUGCCUACCUGCUUCACUUGCUGCUGACCUGCAGCUGACUCCUGUUUGCCACUGGAAAUCAUGGCAUCAGCACACGAGUUAAAGAGCAAACUUAAGAGAUUAUUUUCUGCAUAUUGGUUUCAAGCUCUAUUAGGUAUUCACCUGGUUGAAUGGAAAAUGUUGUGUCUCUAAAGGUUUAUGCAAACAGUGUUAUCAACCUGGAAUGUCAGUUUUGACUAAGUCUUUGAAUGUCAGCAGACUGCUUUGUGAUUUAGUAAUUGCCUAUUGUUAAGACUGUUGCUACAUUUGUGACACAAUCUCUUUACCUCCCAUUUGUCUUAACUGCUGCUGUAUUACCAUUGGUUUUAAUGUCAUGUGACAGCGUGUACAGUUUGUGUUUCCAAAUAGAAACAGUCCUAUCACAGCUGGAA